AUGUCACUCUUCGCCUCCUCCUUCCAAGACCCCUCCGCGGGCCCCUCGACGCUCUCCGCUCCGACCCUCGGCAAAGCCCACAAAGACGGCAACAAGAAGCGCAAGCGCGCUAGUGCGCCGUUCACGGGUGGAGGCGGCACCGGGUCGAACCGAUUACAGAUCACAGAGAGUAACUUCCACAAGGUGAUGAAGAAGGUGGAGGGUGGAGAGGUGCGGGAGAAGGGUGGGGAGGGGUUCAACAUGGGUUCCUCGGCGGGUGCUGGUGAGAAGAAGGGGAAAGGGAACGGGGGGAAUGGGGGAAACGGAGGCAAGAAGGUCGAGAUGAAGGGAAAAGGAGCGAGAGGGAGGGCCGAGGCGAAUGCUUCGGGCUCGGGGGGACAGGGACCGCCAGCGAAGAAAGCGAAGGCCAAGGAGGCUGCAGAGAGAAAACAGCCGGAGGCGCAGAGGGAAGAGAAGAGGACGGAGGAUGGGAAACCGGCCCCUGCCGAGUUGCCUUUACCGCACAAUACGCCCAAGUCCGGCAAGAAGGGCAAAGGCGGGGACUCGAGCUUGACCGAUAUGCAGAAGGGGAUGCAGGCGAAGCUGGAGGGUGCGAGAUUCAGGUGGAUCAAUGAACAACUCUACUCAAAUCCCUCUACCGAAGCUGUCUCCAUGAUGAAGGCCGACCCCAAGAUCUUUGAAGAUUACCACCAGACCCACCGUGCUCUCACAUCCGCUUGGCCCUCCCCGCCCCUCCCACACCUGAUCGACCUCCUCACCCCCCUGCCCCCCAAAACCCUCAUCGUCGACCUCGGGUGCGGCGAUGCCGGCCUCGCCAAGGCGCUCGUACCCCAAAAAAAGCUCGUGAUGAGCUAUGACCUCGUCGGUGAUUCUGGCUCCCCCGGCGUCGUCAUGCCCGGCGCAGGCGGGGGCUGGGUCGUUGAAGCCGACUUUCUGGAAGGGGUGCCAUUACCUGGUCGGCCGGGCGGGUUGGCAGCUGGCGUAGCGGCGGACGAGGAGGAGGGUGAGGCAAGUGCGUUGGGUCGGAGAGGGAAGAAGGCGAAGGGAAAGGCAAAAGCGGCCGAAGCGAGCGAGGUGGUGGAUGUCGUGGUGUGCUGUUUGAGCCUGAUGGGUGUUAAUUGGGUCGGAGGAAUAUAUGAGGCGUGCCGGAUCCUCAGGGAGGGCGGUACAUUCCAUAUCGCUGAAGUAACCUCCCGCUUCAUCUCCAUCCCCUCCUUCACGGCCAAAAUCGAGUCCUUUGGAUUCAAACUUGUAUCGCAGAAAGCACCCUCCACGCACUUUACCCUGUUUGAGUUUACAAAGGAGGCGCCGGUACCGAGGGGUGCGGCUAGGGGGGAGGAGGGCUGGGCGGAGAGGGUGAAAGAGGGGGAAGAGAUCUUGCGGGGGUGUGUCUAUAAGAAGCGGUGA